AUGUCGACCAAACAGGCUUUGUGUCUCCUUCCCCUGCUUUUCGGCCUCGGCUGGUCCUCGCCAACACUCUACCCGCGCAAGGGAGACCGCGCCCAGAGCUCCGUGAUCUCCACCAGCACAACUUCAUCUCUUCCCGGUGGUGCUAAAGCGACUGAGACACCAACGCCAUCGAAUCCUAGUGCUGCGCCUGUGGCCAGCGGCACCCCCAGUGGGGGGAAUGGAACCAAGCCCGGCGGCGGAGGCAAGCCCACCCUCCCUGAAGGCUACGCAAAAAUCGUCUUCCAGGACGACUUCUCAACACAGAAGGCCGGCGCCCUGCCCGACGCCUCAAAGUGGACGUUCGACGUCGGCACCGGGUACCCCGGCGGCGCGGCGAACUGGGGCACGCAGGAGAUCCAGACGUACACCAAGGACCCGGCCAACAUCGCCAUCUCGGAGAGCGGCACGCUGACGAUCACGCCCAUCAAGAGCGGCGAGGCCUGGACCUCGUCCCGCAUCGAGACCAACGCCGCACAGGACUUUAAGUGCCCCGAGGGCGGCAAGCUGCGCAUGGAGGCGAGCAUCAUGAUCCCGGCCUCGGACCCGUCGACCCAGGCCGGCAUCUGGCCGGCGUUCUGGUCCAUGGGCUCCGCCUUCCGCACCAACGUCAGCUCGUGGCCCAGCGUCGGCGAGAUCGACAUGCUCGAGGUCUCCAACGGCGUCGGCACGGUGUUCCAGACGGCCCACUGCGGCGUCAUCAACGGCGGGCCGUGCAAAGAGAAGACGGGCCUCAGCUCCAGCGCCGAGUUCCCGCGCGGCGAGUUCGUCAAGGUGGCCUGCGAGGUGGACCGCUCGGCCGGCGGCGGCUUCGCAUCGGAGAAGCUCGUGUGGUACGUCAACGACCAGCCCACCAAGACCAUCACGGGCCAGCAGGUCGGCGACGAGGCCUUCUGGAAGAACCUCGCCCAGACCUCCAAGAUGAUCUUGCUCAACGUCGCCGUUGGCGGCGAGUUCCCCGACGCCAAGGCGGGCUCCAAGACGCCCACCGCGCAGACCGUCGGGGGCAAGGACUCGCGGAUGGAGGUCAAGUAUGUCGCCGUGUACAGCUCGUAG